AGGCAAGAAGCACCGCUGAGAUGGGCUGACCAAACCAAUGACGGAGGGCCCGACAUGAGAGGCGAGCCAGUUGCGACAGAGCCGUAGGAGGCUCUAAAGAUGGGUACCUCGAGCGGACGACGAGAAGCGACGAGGCGGCGCUCCCCCGAGUACGAGCGGAGGGACACCAUAGCGGACAGGCACAGAGACGACUGGAGAGAGAAUUUGAGGGAUUCCUAUUGGAGGGACAGAGAUAGAGACAGGGCGCCGCCCAGGCGAGUCUUCGACCCCCAGACAGGGGAGUCACAUCCACUCCCUUACGAGAGCAAGGAUCGCUAUAUUAUUACGCACAAGGCCUCAGAGCCUCCUACCUUCAGGGGUUAUGGUAUCACAGAAUAUCUGAAGAAGUGGGAGCUUCACGCAUGCCGGAGUCAGUGGUCGGAGGAAGAGAUUAUAGAGAACUUCCUAUUUAAUGUGGACCCAAGUCUUGGUAGGGAAGUUAAGGAAGCUCGACCGAAGGAUGGAAAAUGGACUACGUACAAGAAGAGCCUCGUUGAGAUUUACAAAUUGGAGGAUAACAAGUAUUCCAUCAAGGACCUUGAAACGAUGACUCAAGAUGAAGAUGAGAGCGUACGGGCAUUUGGGAUGCGUUUCCAAAAGAUCUCCGACGUGCUGAUGAAGAAGGGGAAGAUCUCAGAGGUCGAGCGUUGUACUAUCUUCAUCGGACACUUGUCCAAAGGAAUGGAGCCGGUCAGGAGUCAGAGCAUCAAGAUAACCUUUGAGGGGGACAUGGCGACCACACCCAUAAGAGUGGCAGCCACCAAGUCGGCGAGGGGGUCUACAUCGAAGAAAACUCACAUGGAUUACGUGGUGGCGGAGAAGGACGGGCAGUGGGUCGAUGGAGAGGAGGUUAUCCUUUCGCCGCGAAAGCGGGGAGUGAAGAAGUUCUUAAUGAAGAGUUCGCUGGACGAGAUUGACACGGUCGAGCCACUGAGGCGGGCCCUUCGGCAACCCAUGCAGUGCUCUAUUCUGGCGUACCUGGCGGCAUCGAAGCCAGCUCGUGAUGAGUUACAGAUGAUCACGUGGAAGACUCGCAUACCUCUAUCGGAGGAGGGUCAGGGGGCCCCUAAGGCGGAAGCYUCUACAGUAGCAGUAACGGGGGUGACUGCCAGAGCGGAUCGCAUGGCGACAGUCCUUCUCGACGGAAUGGAAGGUGUGCCUCCAGACAAGUUUUACAUACUUGGUAGCGGGGCCGUGGAGACGAUUAUAAACGAUGGAGCGGUACUCGAUGCUGUGAUUGAUAACGGCAGUAAGGCUGUCAUCAUAGACGAGGACCUGGCGGUACAAGUUGGACUGGGCCUCGAUAGGUCAUACCUAUUCGAGAUAGAGACGGCCGAUGGGAGAAAACAACAGAUCACUGGGGUUUGUCACAAGGCAGCCAUAGAGGUCCAAGGGGUACGAGUGACCCUGCCAGUCUUUGCAGUCAAGAACUGCAGCUCCGACCUGCUCUUGGGUCGAACGUGGCUGAGCCACGUGCAUGCGGUGACGAUAGAGCGACCUGAUGGGAGUCAAACAUUGUCCAUUAAGAAGCCAGACGGGACGCGGGUAAUGAUUGAGACAGUGGAGCCUCGGGACCCGAGGAACAGAGCAGCUCUCGCUGUGGGUGCAAGACCCAGUGAUCAGAUUAAAUCGUUGCCUAUCUCCAGCCGCGCGGUGCGAUUUCGCGAGAAGAAAUAUGGACCACUACUCACAGAGGAAGAAGGUCAGGUGGUGGAGGUCGAAGACUUAGGGAGUCGGCUAAUAGUGGACGGCAACUCGUACCCGAAGGAAAAAGAUGAGGAAUUUGGCGGUGUGAAGGAGAAGGAAAAAGUUAUCGCUUUCCUGAAAGAAAAGAUGAUUUCCCACGUUGCGGAGCCGUCUGAUAGCGCUUAUGCUAAUCGAUGGCUCUUCCUACGGAAACCGAAUGGCAAGAUUCGAUGGAUCCAGGACCUUCAGAAGGUCAACGCGGUGACGAUACGAGACGUGGGCUCCGUGCCACACGCCGAUUUACUUGCAGAAGGCACAACAGGUAGGUCGAUCUAUUCGGUCUGUGAUCUGUUCUCAGGCUAUGAUGAGGUACCGCUUGACCCUAGGGACAGAUACCUCACGGCUAUGCAUACGCCAUUGGGACUAAUACAGAUGAUGGUUGUCCCUAUGGGGUGGACUAAUGGCAUAACCGUUUUUCAGAGAGCCAUGGUGGCCGUCCUCAAGGACUUCAUCCCUGAUAAGGUUGAAGUUUUUCUGGAUGACUUUCCUAUAAAAGGGCCAGUAGACAGGGAGGAGACAGAGGUUGUACCUGGAGUUAGAAGAUUCGUCGAGCAGCACCUAACAGAUAUUUGCGCGGUACUCGAGCAGCUGGACGAUGCGAAUUUGACAGUCAGCGGAACCAAGAGCCGAUGGGCCGUCUCGACCAUUAAGAUCUUGGACUUUAUAUGUGACUCGAGAGGACGCCGAGCAGACCCGGCAAAGUUAGACAAACUCCUGAACUGGCUGUCACUGUUACAUAGUCCAACCGAGGUCCGACAGUUUCUGGGAGUGGUUGGUUACUGGCGUAUAUUCAUACGGGGGUAUGAGGAAAAGGCUGAUCCAUUGAGGUUACGCCUUCGGAAGACUGAAAAAUUCUACUGGGAUUCUUCGAAGGAACUCGCAAUGCAAGAACUUAAAGCUGAAUUUAAGGAGGGAGGACGCGUGUUGGGCGUGCCAUUCUUUGACGAUGAGACCAAGAGACCCUUCAUAGUAUCCACGGAUGUUGGACCAUGUUCAGUGGGUGGUUUGCUGUCUCAGAAGGACGCUGGAGGGAAGGAAAGACCGUUAAGAUUUGAGAGUAGGACACUUAAUACGGCUGAGCGUAACUACAGUCAAUUCAAGAAGGAAGUGUUAGCUGUUCUCCGGUGUCUAGACACGUUCAGACACUAUACCUAUGGGCGACGGUUCAUCUUGAGAGUAGACCCCACCGCGGUUGCCUCUGUCCUCCAGAAGGACUUUAGUCUGACGGACCCGACCAUCGCCCGAUGGUUAAUACGGAUUCGGUUAUACGAUUACACGGUUGAGAGAGUAUCUGGUACGAAAAAUGUCGUGGCAGAUGGACUUUCACGCAUCCCUCUCGAGCGUCCGAUAGUAGCUGGGGCUCUGACAAUGCCAGAGCCGAGGCGCGCUGAGGGAUUUCUAGUUAAUCUUUACGAGGGCAAGUACCGAAUGAUCGGACUACACCUGACGGGAGAGGAGAGUCAAGAUUCAGAAAUCCGGAGGCAAGCAGCCCAGUACUGCCUUAGAGCGGGCCACCUUUUCCGAAGGCCAGUAGCGUCGGGAAUGCCCUUACGAGUAGCCUGUGAUCCUGAGGAAAGACAGACGAUAGUUGCGGAACUUCACGACGGGGUAGUCGGAGGACACAGGGGAGUUAAAGGAACCUACGAAAAGAUACGCCGACUGUACUGGUGGGAAGGACAGUAUAAGGACGUCGAGAGGUACUAUAUGACAUGCGAAGAGUGCCAGAAGAGAGCUCUUGUGAAAUACAAAGAGCCACUUCAUCCAUCCUAUCCGACCAGACCAGGAGAGAAGGUACACAUCGAUCUAGUGAAAAUGCCGAGAGGAGUAGGCAAUAUAACAUACGAGACGAUUUCACUGGGUUCGUAGACGGUAGACCUAUCAGGAGUAAGGCGGCAAAGGAAGUAAAGAACUUUGUCCUAG